GUACGUGGUGCUGUAAUACUUGCUGUAUGGAAUCUUGGUCCAUAAUAUGGGGGAAGAGGAAGGAUUGCAUCAAACACAAUUAUUGGACACAAUGUUUGUUCGCGGACUGAAAAGGAAAUGUAUUGACGGAGAGGAAGAUAUUGAAGGAACUUUAGCUGGUUUUAAAGCUAUUCCUUCAUAUAACCUUCAGCGGCAAUCGCUGCUGGACAUGUCUUUGGUUAAGCUUCAACUCUGCCACAUGCUUGUUGAACCUAAUCUAUAUCGUUCAGUGCUAAUAGCCAAUACAGUACGGCAGAUUCAAGAGGAAAUGACUCAGGAUGGAACUUGGCAAAUGAUAAAUGCACAGAGUUCAGGACCAGCCUCUUUAGACCGUCUAGUUUCAACAGAUAUCCUGUGCCGUUCCUCCAAGGAACAAGCUGAAGAAAAGCUUAUUCAAGGUUAUAGCAGCUUCUCAAAAGACUUUGAGGACACGCCAUCACAAGAAAAUGUAGAGAUUUUAAGACCUGCUCCACUACUGCCUCCAAGAAAUCUGCAGGCCAAUGUAUGGGAAAUUGAGAGCCCUCCAGAUAAUAGGGGAAACUUCCAUAAGUCGUUAGAUCAAAUAUUUGAAACCUUAGAAACAAAAACUCCUGAUUCUGUUGAAGAUCUUUUUUCAGAAGUUGACAGCUCCUAUUACAAUCUUGAUACAGUAUUAACAGGAAUGAUGGGAAGUACAAAAAUGGGACACUGUGAUGUACUUGAAACAUUUCCUCAAGGUACUGCAAAUUCUAAUUCUAAUUGUAAAUCUGAUCUUAAUGAGCUUGAUCAUUUUGUGGAGAUUCUGGUUGAAUCUUGAGAUAAAGGAUGAACCCUUUCAGGCAGCCAGAUCUUGACUAGUAAAACUUCCAAUAGUUUGUCUUCAAAAAGCUGCAAGUGAUAUCCUUCCCCCACCCACCCAAAAAAGCACUUCUUUUGCAAAGUUGUGUUGGUGUAUAAAAUUAGCCUGCUAUUUGAGUAUAUCUUUUCAGUGACUCCAAUUCUGACAAAGUAUUCUAUACAUGUCUACGAGUUAACAUAAGCUCAGUAAGCCUUCCAGGGGUUUUGUUUGUUGGGUUUUUUGUUUGUUUUGUUUUUGUUUUUUAAUGUUGCCUUGGAAACUGUUGUCUCAGUGGAGGCCUAACCCAUUCUUUAAAAAAAUCUGGAAGCUCCUGUAUGAUGCCCACACAUGUUCCCCUCCUUAAAAAACAAAAUUGUUUUCCCAAUCCUUUCUAGCAUUAAGGGACAUAAAUGUAGCAGGAUUCCUUGGUUGAUCAUCUUGUCUCCCUCGACAAGGUGCCAGUGCUAGAUAGGUAAGUCCUUCAAAUAAAAAGCAUGGCUGUAAAAUCCUCAAAACAUACUGUCUGGUCUGAGAAUUUCCAGAUUCCCUUGGUAUUUGCUCCUACAGUAUCUGUUAAUUUUAGUGGGACUACUUUAAGUAAUUGGUUUGCGGACCAAAGAUUUGGCUUCUCUCUGUGUUUAACUCCAACUGAAUACUUCACUGACUUAGAUUCUAUAAAGCAGUGGUUCCAAUCUUCCCAGCUAGCUUUUCUGUCAUUCUUAUAUUCUGUUUUUAAAUAUAGUUAUAGUUUUUAAAAAGUGUUUAUCAGUGUUCAAAAUAUUUCAUCUAUUUUCUGAAAAUAUAUUUUUGCUACAAAUCUUCUGCUGACUGCUUAUUUAGUAUCCUGGAAUAUCUGCAGUUGUAUUUUUUUAAUGACUUUGAAAGGGUUUUUUUUCUCAUCAUUAGUUUAUCUGUAUAGCUCAGUAAAAAGUGUAUACAUAAAAAACAUGGAUGUAGGGGCAAUUGUCAGCAUUUGAUCUUGAAGUACUAUUAAUAUUAAGAGUCAAGAUACUCUUGAUAAUUGAACAUUGGAAAAGAUGUCAUUUGCCGGAAGAGCUCUUGAUGUAUUUACACUUUGAUUCAAGCCAUGCUUUUGUUACAUUCAAGCAUAAACUAUGGGUUUUAUUUAUAACUAUUUAUAUGUAUGUGUCAUCAAGUGAAUGAUUGGGCUGAAGUCUACCAUCCUACUUUGUUCUGCUUUUGAGUAGGGAGAAAAACCCUACCUUGCACUAAUUAGGACAUCACUGUUACAGAGGCCUUUCAAGACUUUCUCCAGAUACAAUUUUUUCUGCUCAUGCCAAGGAAUAAAUGUAUAUUUGGCAGAGUUAACAACACGUUAGUAUUCUAGAAAAAGAUGCAUUCUACAUGUGAAUUGUCUUAACUUCUAAAAGCGGUUUAUGGCAAGAAGGUGCAUCAUACUGUGAUAAUAUUUGCAAUAAGGUUGCACUCUUGCCUUGGCAAAUGCUAUACAUACAGAAAAGUAAUAAUGGGAAAAGGAGGAAAAAACCUGUGAGCACUCUGAUCCUUUUCAUAAAAGUUUGUGGGUUUUUUGUCUGUUAUGGGCUGUUUCUGCCCUUUAACCAGCAAUUUUAGCUACUUCACCUCAGUUUGCAUUGGUGAGAAUUGGAAAUACUGCUUUUUAAAACAUUCUGAUUUCUGCAGUUACAAUAGAAUAACAAAAAAAAAGUUAAAAUAUUGAACGCCUUAUUGCCCAACAGAGGAUAAUAGAUGCUGCAAGUGUAUCUUUGUGCAAAGGGAUUACCUUGGGAGCACCUUUGAAACCAUGCACAACCAGAAGAAUUCUUCCAAGCAUUAAGAUCCUUGCCUUGUGCAUAUAUAGCUAAGUGUCUUUGUCUUAGUUUAGGUUGCAGCCUGAAACCACUUUCCAUGACUAGCCCCACCUGAGCUAAAUAGGGCUGCUUACAAGGAAGUGGUUUCACAAUUGCAGCCUUAAUAAUUUAAGUGCUUUUGAAGCAACAGAUUUGAAAAUGGCAUUGUACAUUUUUCUAGUCUUGGCAAGUAGAUACCUAUUUCUGUAACUUGGUUUUGUGCCAGACAAUGCAGUUUGUACGGGGACCUUUCUAAUGCUUUUGAAGAUGAUUAAUGUUUUUUAUAUUAAAGCUGACUAUGAAUUGAC